AUGGUAAUUUGUGAUUCCUGCAAUGAAGUUAUAGGAGGAGGAGCUACUCCCCCACCUAAACCUUGGGAACGUGCUGGCUCCUCUUCAGGCCCUGCCCCAUUCAAGCCUCCAACCCCGGGCAACACAAGCGACGUUGUUGAGUCUUCCGGGACUGCAAAGCCUGGAGAGGUGGUUUCUAAUACUGGGAAUGCAGCAGCAGCUAACAAUAACAUAAUUGCAAGAUCCGUGCCCGCUAGACCUUGGGAUCAAAACUAUGGAAAUAGUUAUGGAGGCUAUGGUUCAAACCAGAACUAUAAUUCAGGAUAUGGUGGCCUAUACGGUGGAUCAUAUGGAGGAUUGGGUGGUUCAUAUGGAGGUCUCUAUGGAAAUAGCAUGUACAGAGGGGGCUAUGGUGGCUAUAACAGCACGUACGGAGGCAUGUACAACAGUGGUUUUGGAGGGCCAAUGGGUGGUUAUGGUAUGGGCGGCCCUUACGGGAAUCAAGAUCCAAAUAAUCCGUAUGGGCCGCCACCAACACCCCCAGGUUUUUGGAUGUCCGUCCUUCGUGUGAUGCAAGGCGUGGUGAACUUUUUCGGACGGAUUUCGAUUCUAAUUGAUCAGAAUACUCAAGCUUUUCACUUGUUUAUGACAGCUCUUCUUCAGCUGUUUGAUCGGUCGGGGAUGUUAUAUGGGGAGCUGGCAAGAUUUGUUUUAAGAAUACUAGGAAUCAGGAGAAGAGGAAAGCAGCUCCCAGGCACCGAAGCACCGGAGCAGCAGCAGCGUUUUCUGGAGGGCCCAAAAGCAGCACCUGGACACUCAUGGGACUCUGUCUGGGGAGGAGCUGAUGCCUCUUCUAAAGGACCCUGCUGA